CAAAUUCUCAACAUCUGGAUUAUCUGUUCGUUCGCGAAGAUGCUUCUUCGUCCUUGAGACCUUCGUCGAUGACAACGGCAGCGGCCACGGUGAACAAUGGCGGAGCUGGAAGUUCCGAGAGGCAACAACUCCAUCCCGCUAGGUAAACGACGUCGUCUGUUCGAUCCAAGCCGGCGUCUUCCUGGACUUCAUGAUCAUCCCGGAGCACGUGUUCGAGAUCCUCUCCUCCGAUUGGAGCAAGUACGACGUUGCAUCAUCGCCACCGCCUCCGUCGUCAAAUCGAUCAAGGACAUAAAAGGAGCUGCCUUCUUCGCUGCCCACGAGCUCCAAGAACUACUGGGAAGUUGUUUAGUUAUGGUAAGCCAAGAAGCGAGCCAAGCUAGAUUUCGAGUAUUGAAACAUGAAAAUGGGAUUGAUGGGAGCGCCACCAUAAUUUCAACCUCUUCAGGAUUGCCAGGACCAAUACCUGAUGUUGCUGAUGCAGUUGUACAAGUCGAGAUCAAUUAAGUUAAUGUCUGCCUCGAUUUUCAUGUCUCUGAGUGAGGAUUCAUCAAUGGAAUUCAAUCAUUCCAUGAAGAACCAAAUUGUCUGAGGUCACUACAUAUUAAUUUAAAUAGUUUUUCUGUCCAA